AAUAAAACUCUUCCGUUUAUCAAUACUGGAAGGGCUCAAACCAGUUUCCCCUCGGAAUUGAGAUUGUGCAGGGUUUUUUUUAAACGAGAGAAAUACUGAUAUGAGGGAUACUCGACGUUAUUACAGCUGUCUUUGAACUGCAUUCACUUUUACAUCGGAUUUCGUCAUCAAACAUGGAGAAAUUUGAAGGCUACAUCUUCACUGCGCUCUGCAGCACCAACUUUUUGAUCUCCUGCCUGCUGUUCUCCAGAGUCACCCGGGAGCAAAGGGAGCCGUACAUGGACGAGGUUUUUCAUGUCCCACAAGCUCAGAAGUACUGCCAUGGGAAAUUCAACGAGUGGGACCCAAUGAUCACCACUCUCCCAGGCCUUUACCUUGUCUCGGUCGGAUUCAUCAAGCCCGUGGUGUGGCUCGCUAACCUGACGGGCCAGGUGGUGUGUUCCACGGCCAUGCUGCGCUUCAUCAACCUGCUCUUCAACUGCGGCAACCUUUACGUGCUCUAUCUGCUCGUCUGCAAACUGCACCUCAGGGAGAAGACACGAACAACAUCACGCAGAGUCCUCUCAGCGCUGUCUCUGUCCACCUUCCCCGUGCUCUACUUCUUCAACUUCCUCUACUACACCGACGCCGGGUCUACUUUCUUCACCCUCUUCACCUAUCUCAUGACGCUCUACGGCUGCCACAAGGCCUCGGCGCUCCUCGGCGUCUGCUCCGUGCUCUUCCGUCAGACCAACAUCAUCUGGGUGGCCUUCUGCGCGGGCACUCUGGUGGCCGCCAAAAUGGAUGAGGCCUGGAGGGUGGAGCACUCGAAAAAGAGGGACGAGAAGGCCCCUACGUCCCAGAUCCCUCUGUCCUUCAGUGGAGCUAAGAAAGCGACGCUGUUCACGCUGGAGUUCCUCACCUCCCCCAGCCACCUGAAGGCCGUUCUGCUGGUAGCCUGGCCUUACGCGGUGGUCGGCGUGGGCUUCCUGGUAUUCGUACUGCUGAAUGAUGGGAUAGUGGUGGGUGACAGGACAAGUCAUGAAGCCUGCCUCAACUUCCCCCAACUCUUCUAUUUCCUGUCCUUCGCCCUCUUCUUCUCCCUCCCCGUCUCACUUUGUUACCACCGCGCUCUUCGCUUCCUCCAGGCUCUGAAGAAGCAGCCUCUGUUCUUCAUCUUCGUCACAUGCGUCUGCUUGCUCCUGGUGUGGAAGUUCACCUCCGUCCACAAGUACCUCCUGGCAGAUAACCGCCAUUUCCCCUUCUACGUGUGGAAAAGGCUUUUCCAGAGGCACGAGCUGGUGCGCUUCAUCCUCGUCCCCGCGUACGUGUUCGCAGGGUGGAACUUCCUGGACGCCUUCAAGUCGCGCUCGCUCUUCUGGACCCUGGCGUUCCUGGUGUGCCUCCUGGCCGCGACGGUACCGCAGAAGCUGCUGGAGUUCAGGUACUUCAUCGUUCCCUACCUGAUGUACCGCCUGCACAUGCCCCUCCCCUCCCUUGCAAGACUCGUUGUGGAGUUCCUCCUGUACACGGCGGUCAACGCUGCCACACUUUACAUCUUCAUCAGUAAGACCUUCCACUGGCCGGACAGCACAGCCACACAGAGGUUCAUGUGGUGAGCAGAAAGAGACACGCGUCUGAUGCCAGGAGUUCCCGCACUCGAUACAGGAUGUCAGUAUCAAAAGAUUUUCCAGAGAGCCACAGAACAUGUGAAGUCUCAGAAAUCAAGAGAAAAGCUUCUGUUACAUUUCAAUAACAGACAAAAAUGGCUUAUACUUUCACCAUUUUUGUACAGUGUAACCAAAUAAUGUUUGGGAUCGUGUAUUGGGAUCGCCACAGCUUACACUGAGAAUCUAUAUUGCUAGUUUUAACGUGACAGGUGACAGAGAAAAUCAAAAAACAUUUAAUUAUGUGGUUUAAAGGUUUGAGUUUUGCUGGGAUUUACUUUCAAAAGCCACAAAACCCCGAAGCAACGCUGCAAAUUUACUGUGAUUCUGUUCAAAGUUACAUGAAAAUGACGGAGAGUAUUGAAAGAGAAUACAUUUUGUAAAAAGGAAAGUUUUUUUGGCUCUGAUGAUACAGUGGCGGUAUCAGUGUUGCAAAUCUGGUCUGAAUUAUAAUGAUCUGUUUCAAUGAGAGUUUACGGUUUAUAAAAGUUGUUUCUACUACAACUACAAUUUUGGGCUGAAAUGUUGAUCUCUCUCCAGGGGGGAAAAAAUAAUCAUGUCAUUUCAACAUUUCUGCAGGUUUCUGGGAAUUGUCAAGGCCGAGUGUUGUUUAUGAUGGCUGUAACUGUUUUGUACCAUAAAUGUAAAUACCAUAUGCAGUUCUAUGAAUGGAUCUUUGCUGAAAUAACUGUUGACACGAGCUGUAAAUAUAAUUCAAGAGACCAAAAAUGACAGCCAUAUUGUAAAGUUCAGAAUUUCUAUUGUAUGGGAUGUUUUUGUAAUGAUUGAGAUCCUUGUUUUUUUCCAGUUGAGAACACUGACAUGUUUGACCAACAUACUUGUUUAUAAUUAUGGAGAAGAUAUAAAUGUGUUUUCAAAUUUUUAUCCGAUUUAUACUUUGACCAAGCCAUAACAAGAUCCACUGGAAGUGAUUCAGAAUAAAGAUGUUUUGUGUUUGUCAUUUAGUUGAUUUAUUAGUUAACUGUCUGUAUCCCUUUUCUAUAGUUUUUUUUAUUGUGCCUGCUUUGUGUUUAUGUGUACGUGUGUGUUUAUUUCACCAACAUUUUUCUAUGUAGAUGCAUACGAUUUACUCGUGAAGUUGAUCUGUCCAUUCUGCUGUAUGCUGUUCCCCUGUUCAUACAAUUGUGUGUAAACCUUUGAU